AUGUUCGCCAGAAACCCCAUACGCUACACCGGUGGAAUUACUCAGAGGUUUUCGGACAUCGAUUUCGCAGGAAUGGAUAAGGAUGGGUGUGUUGCGUUCAUCGAAAGGUUCACUGGGGAAAAGUGUGAGAAGCUCUAUUACUGCCAACCUGAUAUUGAUUUUCCAAAAGGUUUGACUCUAAUUUGCAAUGACCCCGAUUAUUACGACUUCAUUGAAAUUGCAUAUGAAUGUGGUGUUAUACUCCCUAUGUAUGUAAACCAUUUUGGGGAUAGUAACAUACAGGAAUGGUUGGAUGAACACAAAGACGAGUUUGUUGGUAACGUUGAGGAAGAAGUACUUGAUGGUGCAGGACUGGUUAAGGAAGUUGCACCAGGGUAUCGGGAUGUGGGUGAUACAAACGAUGAGGUAGAGAUGGGUGAGAAAGCAGGUGCAGGUGAGUUUUUCGAAGAAGACAUGGGUGACAAUGAAGAUGCUUAUCCCGAAUUGCCAAACAUUUUCAAUGAUAAGCUCAAUUGGAAGGAGCAGGAACCUAUUUUAGUUGUUUCUGUGGAAAACAAAGAGAAUUGGAAAUGGUUCUUAGAAACUCUUUCAGAAGAUUUGCAAUGUUGGAAUGAUGGUAACGGUUUGGUUCUAAUUUCGGAUCAACACAAGGAGUCCGUCGGAGCCAUCAUCACCUCCCACAGCCACUACCUGAUGCUACCUUGUUGUUGUUUCUCCCCCGACUCCUACAGGGAGGUAGCCAUCUCCGCUCCCUCCCUUCUCUAUAACAACAAACACCUUGAACCCAAGUGGGUAACAGAAGCAGGUGGCUCCGUCACCUCCUCCUCUUCUAAUGGGUUCGUCCGGCAUCGAUCGUCAAGGAAAGAAGGAAGGCGAUCGAAGCAGUGGGUCACGAUAGGGUGA